UGACGUUGAGCACGGCAGAUUAACUGUUACAGGAGGUUCUAAACCAGAUUGUAAAGAAUGAGAUUACCAUGGCGAGUCUAUCAGAUGAUGAUGUUUAAGCACCCUUGGAAAGUCCAAAUACUGACUGCUGAUCUCAGUUGCACUGAUGUAUGAGGUACUGAUGCAGACCCAAGCUUUGAUCUCGUAUGAAGAGGAACAUACAGGUACUUUGGUUGGAUGCAGUGAUGUAAUUUCACAACAACUGGUUGAACGACAAGGAUGGGCAAAUCAUGACACAAAAAGGACGCUCAGGAUGACCACUGUUGGAUUAAUUUAUGUGGGUCCUGUUCUUGGAGCAUGGUAUAAAUUACUAGAUCGCCUUGUUGUCGGAAAGAGCAAAACUGUGGCAUUUAAGAAGAUGUUACUUGAUCAGUUUGCACUCGCUCCUUCUUUUUUGGCCUGUUUCCUUGCACUAACUGGAUUCUUGGGUGGGCAUUCACGAGAGGAUGUAUGGUUAAAGUUAAAGAAGGAUUAUAAGGAUACAUUGAUAACAAACUAUUAUAUCUGGCCAACAGUACAAAUGCUAAAUUUCUACUUUGUACCACUAGUAUACAGGGUGCCAUUAAUUCAAGUUGUUGCUCUGAUAUGGAAUACCUACCUCUCAUGGAAGGCAAACAGAAUUUAAGAUUUAUCUGAUUAAUUAAUCUCUUUUGUCACAAAACAGAAAUACUGAUGGGUUUUUUCGAUCUACUUGACAUAACUUUCUAUUUACUGAAAUGCUAACAUUGUGGUGUAAUGCUGUUGCAGUCAUCCUGAAGUAAUAUUCUGAGACUUACAUUCAUUUAGCUUUGUUUACAUUAGAUAUUUCCAAUAUCAUAGGUUGAAGUAACAAUUCCUCUUCUCCAACUCAGAUGUUAAGAAUGCAGUUUCUAAUACAAAGUGGAUGGUUGAUUUUUUUUUUAGCAGUGAAAAUGCUGGAAAACAUUCUAAGAUCUCAAAUACUUGAAACAAUUCAACAAAAGUGCCUUGCAUUAAAUUUAUACUGAAUGUGCACAAAAUAGUUUCGUGAAACUAUAUUUCUUUUGGGUUUAUAGAUAUCUGUUUUUUGAGUGAAGCACACGUUUUAGAAGCUUAUGCAUUUAAAAUUGGAAAAGGUAGUGUUUCAAGUUAUACUGUACAAGAUAAGUAAGUGUUUCAAACAGACAAAGGCUAUCUUCUACAAUAUGUGUAAAGAAAUACAGAUUAUAAGAGAAUGUUCAGUGAUGCAUUUUGUAGUGUACUAUUUGCCAUGUGACUAUAAACAGUACGAGACAAUUACAGCAUCAGUGUCUCUUUAGAAGGCUGGACCAGUCCCCAGAUAAGAUAAAUGUCUUGAUUAAGAUUAAUCAAGCUUCUCCUGUGCCCAUGUCCAGUGACCAGGUCUGUUAAAAAUGCCACCAGGUUCCCAUUUACGGCAGAUAUCUUCCUAUAACCUUAUUGAAUCUUCUACUUUUACAUAUAUUUUCAUGGUUAUGUCUUUGUGUGCAGUUAAAUUGCUCAUGUCUGCUCUAUGUCUGAGCAGUUCUAAACGAAGCUUACACUUAAUAUGAUUAAUUUGAACUCUUAAAGCCUCAACCUUGGAGACUCUACAUCAACCUCCCAGCUUGCUAUAUAUAAAUAUAUCAUCUAUCUCUUGCUACCUAAUUAAUUUCUGUACUGAAUGGGCACCUUCCAUAAUGGUAUGAACUUAUUGUCAGUCCUUAUGCACAAUAACUUCAGUAAACAUUUUCCUCGUUGCCCCAACUUAUUAGAAAUAUCUAGCAUCAGAUAAAAAUUAAUUAAUCGCCCAAUGGUGAAUGUUGCUGCCAGUCAUUAACAUAUUAAUGAUGGAUAUUUUGGAAGAGGAGCAAAGUUUAAAUUAAUGCACAUAUUUUGAAGAUGCCUGGUCACAGGAUAUAAAUUUUUCAAAUAGAAAAAUAAAAUACAUUGGAUAGGUAUAUUAAAAUUUUCAACCUCUAAUAAAAUUGAGAACAGGCAUCAAUGGAACAUUUAGAUAUUUUUAGGGAUAUAUUUUGUUUAAUCAUUUACACUUAAUAACUGCUACAAUUUGUACAAAUCCAUUCUCUUUGCCUUCGCUAAACUUCUUAGUUCAUUGGGAAGCCCUCUUCUUAGGCCAUAAAGUUACAUUGUGUAAUUCCAUGCAAAUUUAGAUGUACAAUUAAAUAUAUUUCAUUGAUCGUUAUUUGCCACAAAUUUGCUGAAGUUCAACAUUAGGUUACUGCAACUACACCUGGCCACAUCAAUUGAAUCUGGUGAGUUUUUGUGUCACAAAGUAUAACGUUAAAUGUAGAAAUCCCUAGAUUGUUUUCCUAAAUACAGUAUAUUUAAAUGUUUUCUUAAAUUCUUUUGAACAUGAUCUCUGUGCUGGAUGUCAUGGCUCUCAGCAGAUCUGAUUGUGUUUAUUUUAAACUUCAGUUGGAUGUUUAAAUGCUUCAUUGACUAUUUUGUGUUUCAUGCCUUCUGUAAAUAUGGUAUUCCUGUGUUUUGUCGCUUGUUCCAUAUUUCCAUCUUAAAGUUAUUACACCCGAUUUGACCCCAUUCAAAGUAACUCGUUAGCAAGGCAUUAAUCGGGAUCUGUUGGUUCAUACCGGGUCACUUCCACAGGUUACUGUGUUCUCCUGUAUUAUUAUCACUUAUCCAGUUUCCCAAAUAAUUUCAGGUAAUGUGUAUUGACAGACUGAUCCUCCAAAGUGUCACCCAUACAAAACAGAAAGUGCUGGAAAAAUCAGUGGGUCUGGCAGCACCUGUGGAGAGAAAUCAGAAUUAACAUUUUUGGUCCAGUGAUCCUUCUUCGAAAGGGUUAACUCUGAUUUCUCUCCAUAGAUGCUGCCAGAUCUGCUGAGUUUUAUGAGCAAUUUCUGUUUUUGUUUCUGAUUUCCAGCAUUUGUGGUUCUUUCAUUUUUGUAAACUGUCAUUGAUGUUCAAAAGCAUUCAGUGAAGGUCAGUUGAUGUGAUCAGUAACUGGAACCCUUCCCUAUAUUUUUUUUGUUAGUAAAGACCUAAAGUUAGUAAAGUAAAGACCUUUGUGCUGCCUUUCCUGCCUGAUUGAGACUAAGAUUGAUAAACUAGUUCAGAGGCUAAAAUUUGGACCAUUGACUAAACAUUUUGUAUCGACAUUAACCAUGUUCUUACAGUUUGAAAAGCAGUAAGUUAUAAGUUUUAAAUAGUUUCUUCGCAUAGUUUAAUGAACUGUUUUUAAUUUAAAAUAUACUAAACUUGUGAUCUACAGAGAAUUCUUUGUACUAUUUGGUUACAAAUUUAGAGUUAUUAAAUUAAAAAGAUUAUCUUUAUACUAAAAACUACAUUAAAUAUUUUAUUUCAACCCAAUGACAUUAUUGAACUUCAAAACAAAUGUAGAUUGCUUUGAGUAUUGUGGUGAAUUUACUUUCAACACACACCUAACAAAACAUACUUAUUCUUUGUGUUAAUUUAAUACAUUCAGUUUAAAAUACCCUGUGGUUCAUUCAUUCUAUCCUUUAAAAUACUUUUUCUUCAUUUGGAAUAAGUAAAGUUCCUAAAUUUUCCACAAUACUGUUCCCUAUCAAAAGAUAGCAAUGAUGCUGUUUCAAAACUUACGUUCUAUACAUUUGUAAUGCAUGAUGUGGAGAAAUGACAAUCUAAUUGUGGUUUUCACUGGUGAAUAAUUUCUCAAUUAAGUCUUACAGCCCAAAAUUAUUCACCGACAGUGAAAACCACAAUUAGAUUAUCAUUUCAGUUGGGUUUCUCAGUAGAUCCAGUUCAUUUCAUUUUACUACAAAGUACAAGUUACAUGAAAUGGGGAAUUCGGGUCAUAGCUCAUUUGAUGUUUACCCAGAUAUCUCCAAUGAGUACAGAAUGUGACUUUUUUUAAUCUCAUUCAUGGGUCAACUUCAUAUUGGUCAGGUUACUUUUUCUGGCCUGGACUUACUAAUUCACUCGAGAUGUGGAUGUCACUGGCUAGGUCAGCAUUUACUGCCCAUCCCUCCCUCGCCAACUUCCCUCACCCUCUCCUCCAUCUCUCGCCCCCCUCUCCUUCCUUCCCUCUCUCGCCACCACCAGCCCUCCCUCCCUCUCUCGCCAUUUUCUCUCCCUCCCCCUCUCUCUCGCCACCUUCCCUCCCUCCUGCCACCUCCCCUCCCUUCCUCAUUCCCUCCCUCAUUCCCUCCUUCUCUUGCCACCUCCCCUGCACUUCUGUGCAUUCUUCAUUCUCUGCACUGUAACUACACACUGAUGCUGAAUCCCAAAUAAUCUUCAACUUUUGCUGUCCCUUUCUUUGAUCUUCACUGUCUUCUGCUCGGCCUCCAUGCUUGUUAGUUGGCACAUUAAUUAUAAAGUCUGAGUUUCUCAUUGAAAGCAACAGCUCAACAGCAACUGGUGGGGAAAAGAAAAACAUUUUCUUUAGGUUUCAGUUGCAUUUCCUGCAGAGAGACAGCCUGCUUCUUACAGUUUAUUGACCUGCCUCUGUAUUGUUCUCUCGCUCUGCUCUCACACUCACACACAAGCUGUUCAACUGCCCAGAAACCAAUCAGAGUUGCCAUCAUGCUAAUGAUCUCUGCCAUUGAUAUCAAGCCACAGUAGCAUAAUGGAUAAGUGCCCUUGUUGAUCAGAUCUGUCUCUGCACAUGCACCGUUGUGCCAUGUUGUCUUGUCUUAUCUCAUCCCAACCACUAUUUGGAAAGUGUAAACAUAAAUCACAAUAAGUUCCAGUAAUGUAUUUUCAAAGUGCAACAAUACCUUCCACAGUUCUAGGUUUUAAAAUGUGACUCCAUCCUUUUAAACAACGUCAUUUCAAAAAUAUUAUACCACCUAGUAUGUGAUAAAGAACAAAACAUAAGAUUUAUAUCCUUUUUGUUCUUCUCUAACCUGACGUAAUGGUCCUUCAAAACCUUAUGGACAUCAAAGGUGCAGGUCCGUUUAGGCAUUCAGUUUUCCUUCCAUCUAACAUCCUUGUCUUUAUGAAAUUUUAGUCUUGUAACAUGCCUCUUUAUCAGUCAUUUUCCAUGUUCCCAUAUGUUCUGCCAAUUUCAUGUAUACGCACAAUAUAUUAUCAAUAGCUGGAUAGUAGAACUAUUUGAACAACAAUUAUCCUGCGUUUUCAAUAUAAGGCUGUGGAAUACUCCCCACCUCCCUGGAUGAGUGCAGCUCCAACAAUAUUCAAAAACCUUGAUACCAUUGUUAGAAGUCGUAUGAAUCUGUCAGUUGCCAGUUGCUGUUUGCAGGGAUGUACAGAGAGGAGAAGCUUCACAAAACUUCACAAAUUCUUUACUAAUGUGUUAAACAAGCCAUGUGUUGCUUAUAUAUUUUAUUACAAGCUAGAGCUUAUGUACUUGCCCAGAACUGAACAAGAACCUGUUUAUAAACCCAAUAGUAUCCUCUGACACUCCCCAUGUAGUCACAGAAUAUAAAAGCUAAUACCCAGUCAGGAUAAUUGUUACUGCUAACGAGAGCUGUAGCUGGCCAAGUGCCGUACUCUGUGUCGUCGACAUGUCCUUAAUGUAGGGCCUACUUACGUGAUGGUUGGCCUCCGGUGUUUUCUCUGACUCAGUGCCCUGAAUUUUUUUUAAUUCUUUCUCUUAUCUCUGUCGAGUCAUGCUGUCUCCUUCCCAUUGGCUUAGGCUCAUCUGAAUAUCGCAGGGCCUUAUUGGCCCUGGAUCAGAGACUUAGGUAGUAUUACCUCAUUGCUCCUUGCCCAAAGAAGGCUUUUGCAUUAUCUUAUCUUUCUUUCUUCUUGCAGAACUUGGUGGAUACCAACUGGUUUCAAUUAGCUCAGGCCAGCACCUGGACUCAGGUUAUUCUCAGUUCACAAGUUGUUUUUCCUAUGUGUGUCAGCAGUUUUACAUCGAGCGUUCCCAGCAGGAUGUCGGCGGCUGGUUCUCUCUCUCUCUCUCUCUCUCUCUCUCUCUCUCUCUCUCUCUCUCUCUCUCUCUCUCUCUCUCUCUCUCUCUCUCUCCAGCCUCCUGGCCAACACCAUCCAGGACAAUGCAGCCUGCUUGAUUGGCAUUAUAUCCAAAGGCAUCCACACCAUCCACCACUGAUGUCUAAUGGCAGGAAUAUGCACUGCAGAAAUUCACCAAAGAUCCUUAGACACCACCUUCCAAGUCCGCAACCACAUCCAUCUAGAAGAACAAGGACAGCAGAUAAAUGGGAACACCAUCACCUGCACGUUCUCCUCCACGCCAUUCGCCAUCCUGACUUGGAAUUAUCUCGCUGUUCCCUCACGGUUGCUGGGUCAAAAUUUGGAAGUCCCUCCUUAAAGAUAUUGUGGCUGUGCUCACAGUAGAUGGACUGCAGAUGUUCAAGAAGGCAGCUUACCACUGCCUUCUCAAGUGCAACUAGGAACAGGCAAUAAAUGCCUGCCAGCCAGUGUCAUAGAUGAACAAAAAUAACAGUUACUUGUUUUAAGAAGUGCAGCAAUCCUUCCCCAGCCUUCGGUGUUAAAACAGGCCUUUUCUUAUUUCAAUGCACAAUCAAAAAUACAGCAAAAUAAACAUGCUGUUUUCACAAUAGCCUGAGUGCUGCCUUUGCCUUCAACCUUUUGUGUUCACUAUUCAACCUUCGUUUAUCCUUUCUUCAACCUCUCUUUCUUUUCAAACUCAGCCUCAAAUCUUUUUCAACCUCCAUUCUUUUGUCAACCUCAGCGUUCUUUCCCUCGUCAACUUCAACUCUUUUCUCAACAGCCUCGACAAACUCUGUACAAGCGCUGACCUCUCUUCAAACUCCUUUCCCUUCUCCUCAAUCUACUCUUUCUCUCUAACCUCUGUCGUCUUUCUGCUUCUUUAACUUCCCCAUGCCCUAUGUCUGACUUCUGUUUGCAACUGUCUCAAUCUUCAACUCCUCCAUUUAAACCCUGCGCAUGCUGUAUUUAAGCCUUGCUUGUGCACACUAUUCAACUUUGCACUAGGACGUUUACCUUCAAACUCCUCUUUCUUCAUCCUUGCUCUCCCAUUCAACCUCCAUCCCAUUGUCUUGACCCUCAGCUGUAUUAGUUUUCCCCCUUUUUUUGAAACCACCUUUUCAGAAUUAUCCAUACCUGUGGAGCAGGUGGGCCUUCAACCCUGGACUCUUGGCUCAGAGGAGGAACACUACCACCACACCUCCAAAAGCCCUCCAACAGAUGCCUUUCUUUCGAUUUAUUUUUCCUAAUCAACCUGUUCACAGAUGUUAUUAUUUGAACCCAAGCUUAACCGCCCAGGGGAAGGUAUACUACCACUGUGCUACAAGAGCCCUCAAGUUUUUUUUUAUUUAACCUAUUUUUACAAACAACAUCUUCAGACAUGGUUUACAACUUCUCAAGCAGGUGGGACUUCAAUCCAGGUUUCUUGGCUCAGAGAUAAGGAGAUAACCACUGCACCACAAAAAGCAAACAGAAGCCUUGUGUGGAGAAGGGGCAUGGUAGGAAGAGCAGGAAGGAAUUAAAUCAAAAUGGAGUUGGAAGGGAACAAAAUCCAAAUGAAGUUGGGGAGAAGGGGGAAAUAAGCCACUGCAUCCCCGACCCGAUCCACCUCUCUUGCUCUCUCUAAAGGCAUCAAGAACAUUAACAAAUAUCAUGUAUUCCCUGUCAAAUAACAUUUGAGCUCAAAUGUAACUGAAAGGGGGAAGGCAGUCAGCAGAGAUGAUCCUGUGCACAAUCAGCUUCCUGAACACAUUUAUAGCCAACCUGGCUAGGCCUAGGGUCAAAUCCAUGAGGAGGUCCUCUGACCUGCCAUACCCUUCCACGCCAGGUGCCCACAGAUCAGAAGAGCGUUUUGCUUGUGUCUUCCCUAGUGAAACAGAUCCAAUCUCCCAGAUGUAAUAGUGGCUGAAGGACCUACGGUAACGGACGAACUAAAGGGAAUUUAUAUUAGGCAGAAAAUGGUGUUGGAUAGACUGUUAGGUCUGAAGGCUGAUAAGUACCUGGGACCUGAUGGUCUGUAUCCCAGAAUACUUAAGGAGGUGGCUCUAGAAAUUGUGGACACAUUGGUAAUCAUUUUCCAAUGUUCUAUAGAUUCAGGAUCAGUUCCUGCGGAUUGGAGGGUGGCUAAUGUUGUCCCACUUUUCAAGAAAGGAGGGAGAGAGAAAACGGGAAAUUAUAGACUGGUUAGCCUGACGUCAGUGGUGGGAAAGAUGCUGGUUGUCAAUUAUAAAAGAUGAAAUUACGACUCAUUUGGAUAGCAGCAACAGGAUAGGUCAGAGUCAGCAUGGAUUUACGAAGAGGAAAUCGUGCUUGACUAAUCUUCUGGAAUUUUUUGAGGAUGUAUCUAUGAAGAUGGACAAGGGAGAACCAGUGGAUGUAGUGUACCUGAACUUUCAGAAAGCCUUUGAUAAAGUCCUGCAUAGGAGAUUGGUGAGUAAAAUUAGGGCAGAUAGUAUUGGGGGGGAAAAAUACUGGCUUGGAUUGAAAAUUGGCUGGCUGACAGGAAGCAAAGACGAGUGAUAAACGGGUCCCUUUCAGAAUGGCAGGCGGUGACCAGUGGGGUACCACAAGGUUCGGUGCAGGGACCGCAGCUGUUUACAAUAUCCAUUAACGAUAUAGACGAAGGCAUUAAAAGUAAUAUUAGCAAAUUUGCUGAUGACACAAAGCUGGGUGGCAGUGUGAAAUGUGAGGAGGAUGUUAUGAGAAUACAGGGUGACUUGGACAGGCUAGGUGAGUGGACAGAUGCAUGGCAGAUGCAGUUUAAUGUGGAUAAAUGUGAGGUUAUCCACUUUUGUGGCAAGAAUAAGAAGGCAGAUUACUAUCUAAAUGGAGUCAAGUUAGGAAAAGCGGAACUACAACGAGAUCUGGGUAUUCUUGUACAUCAGUCAAUGAAAGCAAGCAUGCAGGUACAGCAGGCAGUGAAGAAAGCUAAUAGCAUGCUGGCCUUCAUAACAAGAGGAAUUGAGUAUUGGAGCAAAGAGGUCAUUCUGCAGCUGUACAGGACUCUGGUGAGACCGCACCUGGAGUAUUGUGUGCAGUUUUGGUCUCCAAAUUUGAGGAAGGACAUUCUUGUAUUUGAGGGUUGCAGCAUAGGUUCAUGAGGUCAAUUCCCAGAAUGGCGGGACUAUCAUAUGUUGAAAGAUUGGAGCAACUGGGCUUGUAUACAGUUGAGUUUAUAAGGAUGAGAGGGGAUCUGAUUGUCCGCAUGGGUUUCCUCUGUGUGCUCCAGUUUUCUCCCACAGUCCAAAGAUGUGCAGGUUAGGUGGAUUGGCUGUGCUAAAGAUUAUUAAGGGAUUGGACACUCUGGAGGCAGGAAGCAAGUUUCUGCUGAUGGGUGAGUCCAGAACCAGAGGACACAAUUUAAAAAUAAGGGGUAGGCCAUUUAGAACAGAGUUGAGGAAAAACUUCUUCACCCAGAGAGUGGUGGAUAUACGGAAUGCUCUGCCCCAGAAGGCAGUGGAGGCCAACUAUCUGGAUGCCUUCAAGAAAGAGAUGGAUAGAGCUCUUAAAGAUAGUGGAAUCAAGGGUUAUGGGGAUAAGGCAGGAACAGGAUACUGAUUUGUGGAUGAUCAGCCAUGAUCAUAAUGAAUGGUGGUGCUGGCUCGAAGGGCCGAAUGGCCUACUCCUGCACCUAUUGUCCAUUGAGUGUGCUGAAGUGCAACCAUAAUCACAACAAAAGAUUUGUUAAAUAACUAAAAAGAGCAAAAGUCUGCAACCAAUAUCUACAUAGUCCAUUGACUCCACAGUACCACCACAUAUGCUUUGUAAACCAUAUAGUUUCCAUUGACUGCACUUAUCAGGGAUGUAGUUGUUAUAAUGUGAAAGUUCCUUUACGUAUUAACCCUUCCCUUUUAAAACAAUAAUUUUGAAAAAAUAUUUGAUGCAUCUCUGAACUAUUGGCCAAUUGAUCUGAGAGGUGUUCCCUCCACUGAUGGGAAAAUUAGAAGUAUCAAAGUUCUAUAUUAUGGCAACCUUUGAUUACUAUAAAGAGUUGUUCUUUAAUUGUCUGCAAAUCGUUCUGGUGUAAA